UACCCCUCUCAUAAUGGCAGCCCGAGUUGACAGUAAGAUGGUGAAAAUAGUAUUGAAUUACGGAGGUAACCCGAACCAUGCUAACAAAGACAGGGAUACUCCACUAAGUGUGGCCGCUAGCAGGAGCGAUAGAGAGGCCAUUAAUGCACUUUUGCUUGCAGGCGCUAACUUGAGAGCGGCGGUUGUGAAGAUGACGUCACUGCUGAAAUACAUCACUUCAGAGGACCAGUUACAGGGCUACGGAGAUAUGGCGUACAGUGUCAAACCUCUCACCUUUCUCUUGUCCGAUGACGUGUACUUGAUGUGCAGGUGUCCGAUAAAAUCCGCAUUUGAUGUUGGCAAAGAUAUUGCUAACAUUCAAAAUGUGAGGGAUGAAUUUAAAAUUGAGUUCGAGCUACUGAUUGAGGAUGCCAAUGAUUUUGCCUGCAGAUUUUUGAACAAUAUUGACAGGAUGUGGGAAGCUAGGGAAAUCCUCACAUCCCCAGUUGAUCUGAUUACAAUGGCAAUAGAUCUCAAGAAAAAGAAGUUUGUGUCCCACCCGUUUUGUCAGCAGAUCAUUAAUGGGCGUUGGUAUGGAAAACUUGCCAACAAGAUGUUCCACGGAAAAGCUGUUAUAGCAAUAGAAUACUUUUUUAGCCCCUUUUUGUUUUUGCCAUUAUUGCUUAAGUUCCUCUUUUUCGAUGUCUGGAGGGGAGUCCCAGUCAUGGAUUCCAGUUUCGUAUCUCUGCUCAGGUUGAAAUUCACGCCUUUUCUAUGCUUCAUCACAGAUACAUUGAACUACAUUGCAUUUCUUUUUAUCUUAAUUUGUGUUUGUCUCAUAGAACAAUCAAUUGACGAAAUCAACCCAUUGGAGAAAGCAUUAUAUGUCUGUGUUCUAUCCCGAAUCUUCAUUGAACUCGAUGUCGCUGUUCAGCAAGGAUGGAGAAGGUACUUUGCAAAUGUGUGGAACCAGGCGGACUGUCUAAUAUUGUUGCUCGUAGUAAUCUCAGCUCUCUAUAAAGGAUAUAUGAUUAAAACAUAUUAUCAUUACUAUGAUUAUAAGGAUGGCUAUGAGCAUUCGGAGCUAGAGCUACUCUUCACUAACUUCACUUCCGUUAGUUUCAACGAGUCACAAAUUGUUUCUUCACAGUUGAUUUACCCGGUUAUGUUAAGGAAUUUACGGUGAUGGUUAUUCGCUACCAACAUUUUCUGAACAUAAGCUACAUGUACGCAGUGGCAGAAUUCAUUCUUUUCCUCAGACUGCUCACUCUUCUAGAAGUCACCAGAUCAAUGGGCCCAAUGAUGAUCGCUCUGAAAUACCUGCUGCUUGAUGUUUUGAAGUUCUCGGUCCUACUUUUCACGACUAUCUUUGGAGCAUCCAUAACGAUUCACUCCAUGAGUGUUACAUUGGAAAAAUUGAUCGGAAACGUAAAUGAUCUAUGUCGUACGUUGAAAGAUCAACAGGCUACCUUCUUGUGGACAAAUGAAUUAUUCUUGAAAUUUUUUGGUGAUAUGAUAGACAAAGAAACAGAAUUAAAUGAUAAUUCUAUAUUUUGUGAAAAUGUAAAAGAUAUUAAGCCCCCGCCAUCAUUUCAAAGUUUCCUUGCCACUGUCACAAGUAUCAUGUGGUCUACAUUUGGUCUUUUUGAUGUAUCGAAGGUGACAAAGCCAUUCGAUCCGUCAACAAUAAAUUUUGUCAACGUUAUCUUGGUUCUCUAUAUCUUGCUUUCCUGCGUACUGCUGCUCAACAUGCUUAUUGGAAUUCUCAGCAGUACCUUCGACAGGAUCCAAGAUAACUGUGAUGUUGAGUGGAAGUAUGCCAGGAGCGAGUUGCUUAAGGAGUACAGCGAAACACAGCCUUUCUUCAUUCCCUUUUCCGCCAUUCUCCUCCCCUUGGUUAUUUGGUUCCGGAGGAAGCUAAAGAAGGAACAGCGUAAAACAUCCAAGAAGACUCAGGCAGCAGAUCAAGAUGAACGAGACAAGAUUAUUAGUGCGGUUUGUGGAAGGUUCCAGCUUGAUUUUCCAGAUGUAGCAGAGGAGUGCUGCAAGUGUGCAGCUAAAACGAGACCAACAUCAGCUUCAAAGCCACCGGGAUCUACUCAAGAUAAAUUUGAUGCAAGAGUCAGGCGACUUAGGAGACAGCAAUCCGUGCUGCAGCAGUUCAAAAAGUAA